GCCGAGUUUGUGUAUAUCGGAACGCGACUUGUUUACAGAUUCGCCGGUCGUGAUUGUGAAUUUCUUUUCUUAAAUUCUCUCGACGACAAGUAUUUUACUCAAAUAUAAAAAUGCCGUGUGAAAUGAUAACUCUGCAACUUGGUCAAUGUGGCAAUCAAAUUGGAUUUGAAUUUUGGAAAAGGUUAUGUGCAGAACAUGGAAUUAAUCCAGAAGGAAUUUUAGAAGAUUAUGCAACAGAGGGAAUGGAUAGAAAGGAUGUCUUUUUUUAUCAGUCAGAUGAUGAACAUUACAUACCACGAGCUGUAUUAUUGGAUUUGGAACCAAGAGUAAUUAAUGCUAUUAUGUCUUCUACAUAUAAAAAGGUAACAUACAUAAAUAUACAUACACACACUCAUGGUGGCGGUGCUGGAAAUAAUUGGGCAUCUGGAUACCAUCAGGGUGAAAAAUUACAAGAAGAAAUCUUUGAUAUUUUGGAUAGAGAAGCUGAUGGUAGUGACAGCUUAGAAGGUUUUGUUUUGUGCCAUUCAAUAGCAGGAGGUACAGGUUCUGGCAUGGGAUCUUUUAUGUUAGAAUCUCUUGCUGAUAGAUUUCCCAAAAAAUUAAUUGAGACAUACAGCGUUUUUCCAAAUCAAGAUGAAAUAAGCGAUGUUGUAGUACAACCAUAUAAUUCAUUGUUAACAUUGAAAAGGCUGACUCAAUGUGCAGAUUGUGUGGUAGUUUUAGACAAUACUGCUUUGAAUAGAAUUGCUUCAGACAGAUUGCAUAUCCAGAAUCCCAGUUUCACACAAAUUAAUAAACUUGUUUCAACAAUAAUGUCUGUUAGUACAACCACUUUAAGAUAUCCUUCGUAUAUGAACAAUGAUUUGGUUGGUUUGAUUGCACCACUUAUACCAACUCCUCGUUUGCAUUUUUUAAUGACUGGUUAUACUCCACUUACAACGGAUGAAGAGGGUGCGUCUGUGAGAAAAACAUCUGUCUUGGAUGUAAUGCGACGAUUGCUACAACCGAAAAAUAUGAUGGUUUCUACUGCAUUAGACAGAAAUGCAUCUCAUUGUUAUAUAUCCAUUUUAAAUAUAAUUCAGGGUGAGGUGGAUCCGACACAAGUGCACAAAUCAUUACAAAGGAUUAGAGAGCGAAAACUCGCGCAGUUUAUUCCUUGGGGUCCUGCUAGUAUACAAGUAGCACUUUCACGAAAAUCUCCUUAUAUACAAAGUGCACAUCGCGUUUCUGGUUUGAUGUUAGCUAAUCAUACUAAUAUAUCAUCGUUGUUUGAUAGAGCCUUACAACAAUAUGACAAAUUGCGUAAACGCGAAGCAUUUUUGGAACAAUUCCGCAAAGAAAAGAUGUUCGAAGAUAAUCUCGAUGAAUUAGACAAUUCACGAGAAGUUGUAGACUGUUUAGUGAAAGAGUAUCAGGCUGCGACUCGAGUCGAUUAUCUUAGUUGGAAUCCAAAUAAGGCAGAUACAUAAGUAUGCAAAUAAUCAAACC